AUGGCUACCGGAUACCAAUUCUCCCCUAGCGAGUUGAACGCUUUCCAUAAAGGACGAAACAGGUCACAAACAACUGUUUGCUUCCCGCCCCCAUCGCAUCCUCCGAAGCGAGCAUCUUCGUACUAUCCCUCCAAGGGUCCCGAAAUACUCGACGAGUCGAAUCCAGACCCGUUCUAUCUUGAGCACUCACUCGACGACGACGCCUCUUGGGGCUCUCUACGGCGCGGAAUACGCGAUGUUAGAUUUAGUGAAGAGGCAAAUCAGUAUUUCAUGUUAUCCACCUUGAAUCCCGGCAAAGAGCUUCCCAUCUCUACGAACCUUCGCGGAGACACUACUAGAUCUCGGACUAAUAUCAACCGAUCCACGCUGUCAGUCGUCGAGCUGGAGCACCAAUUAGGCCUUCAGCAGGUUACAGGACAACCUCGCGGGCCGAAGCCUUUUCACCAUAGCCACGGCUCAUUCAGCUCUGACCAUACGGACGCUACACCUGACCUGACUCCAAGCAGCUCUUUUUCUUCCAACUACUCAGGUCAUCUUCACCCAGACACUGUUGACAAGUUAACGGAACAACUGUCCCAGACCAACCUCAGGGCGGGCGUCAACCCCCACAAUCAGGUUUACUCGUCCACACCAUUGAAUGGUUCCCGGACUGCUUUGCUCUCCCGGCCAUCAACUCCACCCCGAGACCCUCAGCAAAGAGCAGCGAUAACGAACGAUUCAUCGGACACUCUGGUCAUGCCUCGGGGAGACAGUUUCGACUCUCCUUCAUACAGUGGGAAACCAUUGCCCUCCCUUCCCAACAGUGCACGCAAUUCGAAUGUACCAACAGGCAGACGGGGCACCAACCCUGGAAGCCGCCCCCCCAUUGAACCUUCUAUGAUCUCCCCUCCUUGUCUGAUCAAUCCGGUUACCCUCGAGCCACAUACGUCUCACUUCGACCAAGCACUAUUCAUUCCAGCGAAUGACUUUCCCAGCCCCGUUCCCAGUCCAGGGCCCACAACAACAUCGUUUGAAAGGCCAGACCGACCCGUAACGAGUUUAUCUACCUCUGGUAGAGACCGACCUUCGACUUCCGUUUCCGAAAUGUACCCUGAACAGUCAGUAUGGGAGUCCGACUCUGAUACCGAAGACGCAGACACCAAGUCGAAAAAUCCGAUCGACACUUUGAAGAAAGUUCGCAGUCGUGUCCAUCUACGAGUUGCCAAAUCGGCGCCCAAGCUUCAAAAUGCUCCCCCGUCAAAUCACCCGCAGCCUUUGGAGAAGUUCCCCUCGAUGCCCGAGCCUCCUCCGACACACCACACCCCUUCAUCCAUGAGGACGAUGGUGCAAGCCUGCUCGAGCAAAGACAUUUUUCGUCCGACUGCCCAGCAAACGCUGCGUCUCGUUGCCCCUUCUACCACAUCCCUCGUACGACCACGAACCCCUCGAUCCCGCGCUAACAGUCGCGGUACCAACAACAACCAGCCUCGGAACUAUGACAUUGAUAGAUCAACUGCUGCAGCGAUCCAGGCCAAAUCCAGACGGCGACAGAGGUCUGAUUCUCCAGAGGACUCCCUCUGUGCCGAGCGGGAAAAGGUCUGCACUUACUGCCGCGAAGACCGACCCGACAAAGCCAUGCACAGCUUGACUUUGGCCCGUCCCCCACUCUAUAAACGAGUUUGGGAAUCACUGCGAGUGCUUGGCUGCCACGGAGAUAUCUCACCUCCCCGACCUGGUAAAUCAAUAUAG